AUGGCUGGCCCCGAGGAUCCUCCCACCAUACUGUUUGUUGGCCAACAUGAAACGCAAAGGACAGAAGCCGUCACUCCAGAACUGUUGUAUCGUGCCCAAAAUUCUGGCUACGACCUUCUAACGGCUCCCAUAACGACGUCUGCUUUCCAAUCGCGGGUACUGGAGACACUGCAGGAAUAUGUCAAGAUGCUCAAUGCCUCCUCUGAACAGAAAGACGUCCCGUUGCCACUUCUCAACCCUCUCUCACCAGAAGAUACCAACUUAGUUCCACUCGAUAGUAACUCCUCGCUCAUUGCAGUGACAAGCCCAUGGAUCGAUCUGGCAUCACAUGACCCACUGAUUGCUCAUGUCAGCCGACAAGUAUUCAAUCUCGAGGUCGCAUACGCAGCGUUCGUCGGCAUCAACAACAUCCUUAUCCAUGGUCCCAUCAGCAGCUCAGGUACAAUGCAAUAUGCUCGGACAUUACUUGAAGGACUUGGCAUGGGCCCCUACAUCUCAAUUAACGUGCUGCUACCCAUGAGUGGCGAGCUAGAACAGGACAUCAGCGCUGAUGGAAUACAUCUCUCUGAAUUGACCCGCCCAGAGUAUGCUGAAGAAGUCGAGGACGUUGAAGAGGGUGAAGGCGAGACUGAAGUGUAUGAUGCUUGGGAGACAUGGAACACGAUCAGGACUGUGUGUAAUUACAGCACAAAGCUUUCCAUAGCCCUUGAGCUUCCUCGCCAGUUACCAGCUGUCAACCUCCAGUCUCGAUGGUACUCUGAGCCCAUACGGCUCCUUCCACUACCACGAACCAGCUUCUGGCGAAACGGCAAAGGCUUUCCUGUGCUUUCAAAACAGCACCAACAGUAUCUGACUCAAUUCUUGCGUCUUCGCUUUCCCCCUUGGGUCCUGCUGAGUGAUGUCGGCGCGGUUCCAUCAUUAUCCAACGAGGCAGCUGCACGCGCCAGCUCAGAACCUACGCCUGCGGAAGCAGCAGCGGACUCGAAUGAACAGCCAUUAGAUCUAAUACAGCACUUGAAGUACAUGCGCCAUUUGCAACAGUCACAGCCAACACGACCACCGAUUGAACGUUUUGGGCAAGGCUACCAGGACUACAUGCAAUCGCCGCUGCAACCACUGACCGACAACCUCGAGUCCAUCACGUAUGAAGUCUUCGAGAAGGACCCGGUGAAGUACGAAUGGUACGAGCGCGCUAUCGCUCUUGCACUUAAGGACUUGCGUGAGAAGCUAGGCGAGCAGAGAAAGGUUGUUGUAGCCGUUGUAGGCGCUGGGAGAGGACCACUCGUCACGCGUGCCCUCCAAGCUAGUCGCAGUACCGGCAUCGGAAUACAAUGCUACGCCGUUGAGAAGAACCCAAACGCACACGUCCUCCUCCAACAUCGGAAUGCCACAGACCCGCUCUGGAAUAAGCAGGUCACAGUAGUCAAGUCAGAUAUGCGUACCUGGUCCGGCCCACCGACGAUGGGAGGCAAGUCUGGCAAAGUCGACAUCCUUGUCUCCGAACUCCUUGGCUCCUUCGCCGACAACGAACUCUCACCCGAGUGUCUGGACGGCGUACAGCACGUCCUCGACCCAAACCACGGUAUUAACAUACCGCAAAGCUACAGCGCGCACCUGACACCCAUCGCCUCACCAAAAUUGCACGGCGAUCUACUCGGUCGUGCUUCGACAGAUUUGAACAUGACCAUGGCCGAGAAGUGGGAGUUGCCGUAUGUGGUGAUGCUACACCAAUUCGAUUAUCUCUCCACCGUCCAACCUUCAGCAGAAGAUCCGCGGACACCUGUAGUACAAGAAGCAUGGUCGUUCUGGCACCCGAUCUCUACAAAUAUCCUCGAUCUGGCAAAGUCGCGAGCAGAUGGCCACAUCGACGCCGGAGGCCAUCUAGGUGGCGAUGGCACGAACGAGCACAACUCGCGAUCCUGCAAAGUGACAUUCAGAUGCGCGCACCGUGGGGUCUGUCACGGUAUAGGAGGAUACUUCGAGACAGUACUGUACAGCAGUCCCACGAGUGGACAGAAGAUCGAGCUUUCCACGAAUCCCGUCACGAUGGCGGACAAGAGUAAGGAUAUGAUCAGUUGGUUCCCGAUCUUCUUUCCGUUGAAGACGCCAAUCUAUGUACCUGAUGACGCGGAGAUGGAGGUCAGUAUGUGGAGGCAGACAGACGACAGGAAGGCGUGGUAUGAGUGGAUCGUUGACGUGUACAUUCGUAUGGGAAGCAGAAGGAUGAAAUUGGGUGGCUCGGACUUGCAUUCGUGUCGGCGAAAUGGAUGUCUCAUGUAG